AUGAUCGUUAAAUUCAAAGCCAAAGAAACUGCAAAUCAUUGUCUUUCGGGCGAAGAGUUGUGUCAGAAAUUGAUUGCAUUUCUGCAGAAGAAGUGUCCAAACAUUCAAAGAGUUUAUUAUGUUUGCAGAAUAAAUGGCUUUAGAGACGAGACGUUUAGGAGACCACUGUUUGAAGCCAUCGAUCACUCGCGGAACAGUUGGCCGUAUCUCAAGAGUAUUGACUUUUUCCGCUAUAGUUAUUACGAGUCAAAUAAUGAGUCAAACCAUCAGUUUGUUGAGUAUAUGUUCACCACAUUUGGUCCAAUGAUCACUAAAUUAAAGCGCUAUAAUGAGAACCUAUCGCCAUAUGUGUCCAAUUGUCCCAAUUUAUCAAUUAAACCAAAGUUUGGUUCGAGUGUCAUCUCAGACAACAUCAAUGUUACAGAUAUAGUCACAGUGUCUACACUUCAAAGUGUAGACAAUCAUCUCAAGAGUUUAUCACAAUUGAAACCAAACAAAAUCGGUUCACGUCUUGUAUACGCGGACGCGAUGUUUAAAAUGACAAACAUUACUAUCGAUAAGGAGUCGUGUAGUGAAGAGAUGGGCAGAGAUCUGCUCCUCAUUGUUAUGGUAUUUAAUAGAGUCAAUGAUUUUGAAAGAAGACAGGCUAUACGUCAGACAUGGGGUCAAGAAUUUAAGACCAAUAAUAAGACGAGAAUAUUCUUCACAAUUGGUUUGUCCAAAGAUAUCGGCGUUCAGACAAAAGUGGUCAAAGAAAAUGAAGAAUUUAAUGAUAUUUUGCAAUUUGGUUUUUAUGACGACUACUAUAACUGUACGAUCAAAGCGAUGGCACUCUUGAGAUGGACAGCAAUGAAGUGUCCAUUUGUUAAAUACAUGCUUAAAGUUGACGACGACUCACUCGUUAUACCAAACAAUUUGCUUGACUUUUGCCGAUCGAGUGAUGCGAACGCUAUAUUUGGCUACAAAUGGCAUAAAGCUUAUGUAAAACGCGGUCGAGACAAAUGGUCAUUAAGUUUGAAGGACUAUUCGCACAACUAUUACCCCGCUUACAUCAGUGGCCCAUAUCUCAUACCCGGCCACUACUGUCUGGCAUUGUAUGAAACGGCAAUCACCCGAUACUUACCGGCGCUUCCCUUCGAAGACGUUUAUGUGNGAGGACGCGGAGGUUUUCCCCGUUGGGGACCAAAUCAUUACAUUAUUCUUGUGAUUACGAGAUGGCAGAAGAGUUCGGCAACCGUUCAGCCGAGACACAGAUAUCUCGAGAUAGUUAUUGAGAAUUUGCUAUCAAAUUCGGAUCAAAUUUGUUUACCAGAACGUUUUGUGAGCGGAGACGACUUGUUUGGAGAGAUUCAACAAUUAUUUCGUGCGGACUCUGAGUCCAGGCGUUGGGUUUUGCCGGAAGUGAUCAACUUUUUCAAGAGUGUCUGUUCGGCGACCGAUGAAAAUGGGUUUCACUUCAAACUAAUCCAAAACGGAUAUAUCGAUGACUAUAUGAAUACAGACAACGCGUGGAAAGAGGCAAAGGCUUAA